AUGUCAUUUUUUAUACGUAUUUCAAGACCUGAUUCUGCUUCACCUUGGGGAUUCUGUAUUCGAGGGGGAAGAGAUUUUGAUCAACCACUUAUUAUAUCUUCUGUGAGUCUUGGAAGUCUGGCAGAUAUCAGUGGCUUACGUACUGGAAUGCGUGUUUUAUCUAUUGGCGGCGAUCCUACUAGCAAAAUGACUCACCAACAAGCUAUUCAAGCAAUUAUACGUUGCUGCAAUGAUCUGGAAAUGGAGGUCUAUGAUACUGGUUUAAAUAAUUCUGGUUAUUCUACACCGCUUCAUCAAAUGAACAUGUCUAUAACACAAUCAUCACUAAGUAUUGAACUUCAUAAACCAAUAGAUACACUAAAACCGCAAACAGUUAUGUCUAAACUAGUUCAUAUUGGUACAAAUCCAACAAUAACUCGUUCUCAUUCGCCGAAUGGAAUAACAAUAAGAUCAUACAGUCCAAACUCAACUACACUACAUAAUCGGAUAUUGGCUGAAAAACUAGAUUCAAAUCGUACAUCACCAAUUUACACACCACAAAAUAAUAUAAGUUUAAAGUCAUCUUAUUCAUCAUCAUAUAAUCUGUGUAAAUAUAGUACGAUGAAUCAACCACAGCCUAAUAUCAAAACUAACACGAAACCAGAUAAUUCUUUACUAAGAGGAGUGAUACGUUCAAAAGAUUUUAAAAUUAAUCCUAUAUGUCAUGUAUGUCAACAACAAAUACACGGACCAUUUAUCGAUACGAAUGACAGAUGCUUUUGUCCAAAUCAUUUCAUAUGUGAUUAUUGUCAUCGACCACUAAACGAAGAUGGUUUUGCUGAACAGAAUGGAAAAUUAUACUGUGAAGAAGAUUUUAAACAAUAUAUUGCUUAUAAAUGCACCAAGUGUAAUUUACCAAUUAUUGGUCAAAUUAUCAAAGCAAUAAAUCGAACAUGGCAUCCAUAUUGUUUCAUUUGUUAUUACUGUCAAAAACCAUUAGAUGAUAUAUUUCAUGUAGAAGAUGAUAAUCGUGUAUUAUGUGAAGAACAUUGGAAACAAUUUCAUGAGAUCGAAUGUGCGAAGUGUAAACAAUCCAUUUCAGAGAUCGAUCGUUUUAUUCAAGCUUGUGGAAAACAAUAUCAUGCAAGAUGUUUUAGUUGUGCUGCAUGUCAAAAACCCCUUGAAGGUAAACCAUUUCAUACUAGAAAUCAAAAACCUUUCUGUCUCAUACAUGCGAAUGCAGUCGCACUAUUUGGUUGA